AUGUUUCUUCUUAUUCUUGUACUACUUAUAUCGAUUCCACUUGUCUCUCCAUCUUAUCACAUUCCGAAACUUGGACGAUAUCACACAUUUCUUAGAAUUGGUAAACGAUAUUUCACCGAACCUUGCAUAAACACAUAUUUAUGUACAUCAAAUCAACAAAGAAUUCCAACAAAAUGUUUUGUAUUUUUCAAUCGGCAUUUAUGUUGGCCACAAAUAAAUGAAGAAAAAACAAUGAAAGAACAAGAUUCGAGACAAAAUCAUCUGAAUAAUCGUUUUAUUCAAGACAAUACCUGA